UAACCACAUUUUGUUGUUAUAACUACUGCAGCUAACUACUUUACUGAAAGACCUUUUUUUGAAUCUUUCGAAUUUUAACGAUUCAAGAACGAUUGUACAGUCAGAAAUCAGAAUUAGCCGCUUAGACUGAUUUAAGCUUAUCAAACUACUGGUUACUUCACCAUGUAGCAAGUACAUGUUAUGUUAGCAUAGGUCUACUACACUCAUCCAACUCACCACCCCAGAAGGUCUGCCCUCCACAAGGUUGACUAUUUCUACAUUCGGAGGGAAAACCUAUAACAUUAUUAAUUUCCCAAUAUUUGUAGUCUUUCAACAUCCAUCCAAUGCCCGCUGUUUCAGUCAAAUGUAUUAUUUAUGAGUUACCAUCAAUAACCUUUGCUAUUGAGGUAAUGUCAGAUUAAGCGAAUUAACCCCACUCCAUGUUCAAGUAAAAAAUUGUACAUAUUUUAAUUGUUCACUGAAAAAAGUGCACCGCCCACUACCACACGCAAAAUAAAUAACGCUACUAGUUAUCGAUAAAAUUUUAGUAAUAUGCACCUUCUCGAUUUAUGUUUCCAUGGUUUUUCUGUAUUUAUUUUUAUUUAUUUCUGUACUUGUAGUUAAUACGGUUUAGAUCGAUCCCUACUUCCCAUAAAUCUACGUACCAUCUGACGCUAUAUAACAAUAGGUACAUUAAAGAACCUUAUGUCUCAACCUACAAAGCUUUACGCAAAAUGCAGUCCGUCGCAAAAAAACGGAGAAACGUACAAAAUAAAGCAUCCCUCAAUAGUAGACAUUAUUUCUCAAGACUCGACCGGAGAUCACGGUUCCAUGGAUCAAGGCAUGGUCGAGGGCAGCGACCAAAGUUUCACGACUACAGCUUGCCUCGAAGGACUGGUCCGGACGGACGGUCAUGGUCGACAGCUGGUCUUGUUGGACGGAAACACGGUUUACUGGCGUGGACAUCAGUCUUUGUCUUCCGGAAAAGGCCGCGUGAAAGUGAUGGCUGGUCACCGUGGUGGCCAUUACCCCACGUUUGCACGUUACGUGGGUGCUGGAAUGUUGGACGCCGCCGUUGCCGGCCCGGACCCUGGUCGACAUCCGAACGCCGGUCACGUGCUGACGGCCAUCCGGGAGCUGGACGAUCACUAUGGGGUACUGGUGCUGGUGGCCAGCGAGACGGCGGCCAUCCUCAACUAUGGCAUCGCAGCCCAAAAGGCCCGUACUCAGGGCAUUAUUGUCAAACUAUUGGCGGUCGGUGAUGACGUUAUCCGAAGUCGGUCGACGACUGGUGGCCGAAGACGUGGUUCUGCGGGCAUAGUGUUGAUAUGCAAAAUAGCUGGAGCCCUGGCGGCCGGCGGCCACAGCCUGGCCAAGAUUUUUGCCGUAUGUCAGCGCCUGUCUAUGGACCGCGUAGCCACGGUAAACGCUGUGAUAAGUUUAAAAAAACGGACGUACGACGAAGACACUAGCACCAAAUAUAAUUACUUUAUUCCAUAA